CAAUUCACUUGGUUAAGACGACGUAAAAGCCCGUGGCUCAUCGGAUUCUCACUCAGAGGAAAUUCAGAUGAUGUUUCGGGCAAGAACAGGGCAAAGUUUACUGUUGCAAGAAUCCCCAGAUUAUCUUUUUCCUAAGGCUUGAGUGUGCUGUGAAACUUUGUUGGAGAUAGCGAAAAAUUUGUUGGAAUGGAAGCAAGUGUGGGUGUUUCGAGGAGAUGGGAGGACUUGGACACUGAUAUCUUGGUGAAGAUCUUCCAGUGUCUCGACAUCGAUCAGUUAACAUCGGGCAUUGCUCAUGUCUGCAGUUCGUGGCGCAUGGCCUGUUGCGAUCCUCUGCUCUGGAAAACACUUGAUUUAUCGGUGAUGAGGUCAAAUUUUAUCAAUAUUCCGGUGGAGCCUUACGUAUUUGUAGAUGAUCGUUCUGAAGAGAAGUUGACUCGUUUGUUGAAGACAUCUUUGAGCCUCAGCCAGGGAAACAUACGGACCUUGAUUUUUCACUUCAAUCUGUACGUCAGCGAUGAGCAAUUGACAUAUACUGCCGAGAGGUGCCCGUGCCUCCAACGGCUUGUUAUGCCGGCUUGGAACAGAGUAACUAGGACUGGAAUAUGCAAAGCGAUUCGGAUCUGGAAGGAUCUCGAAUCCCUGACAAUGCCUAGCAUAGCGAACCCUGGAUAUAUCAUGGAAGAAAUCGCCAAUAAUUGCAAAAAUUUUAGUGAACUCAAGGUGAUGGGACCUUUGGACUAUUCAUUUGCUGCUACCAUAAUAAUGUAUCUACCGAAGAUUAGGGUUCUGAGCCUCCGCUGCUCGAUGCUUCUGAAGGAUACCCUGAUCUCCAUCUUGGACGGCUUACGAAACCUAGAAGUUCUUAACAUAUCUCAUUGCCUUGUUAUAGAAAUACCACCUCAUCCUUCUCCUAGAAGAGCUAUGAGGGAGCUCGAUCAGUCGAUUGUAGACAAGGCAUCUCGGUUACAUGAAUUCGUGACGUGCAUGAAAGACUCGUGCAUCAUGUGUCGGUGUACCAGAAACGAUGAAGGGCUCAUGAGGUGGUACCGGUAUGAAGAAGGGCUAUGGAAAGCCGACGAGGUUAGCUCGUUUUCAUUUUGAUUUCAGCCUUUCACUCUGUAUUUUG